AUCAAUAGCUUUCUCAGAGAACGCUGUUGGUAAUGUGAAGUUUUACAUCAACAUUGUCAAUCCAUCAACUACAAGAGUACUUGUGAAUAUAUCUGCCCCGCGCGUCUCUUCAGUUCCUAUUAGGCAAGAGCAAGUAGAACCGAAAAACGGCAUUGUCUUAAAAAUGAACACCGCAGACUUCGAAAUAGUGGGAACAGGGAAAACCGACAAAGGUAUCAUAAUUCAGUCAGAUUCUAGUGAGCUUAUUAUAACGGGACUAUCAUAUGCGUACAACAGCGGUGAUAUGUACUUGGUUCGGGAUGCUUCACAGAUUGACACGGCGUAUGGUGUCCUUACACACUGUGGGAAGACUUAUGUUUGUCAGUUCGCUGUUAUAUCUCUGGAGGACGAUACCAUUAUUGAAAUAACUUUCCCUGGAUAUUAUUCGGCUUUAGUUGCAUUUGAAGGAAUGAACUAUGGUCCUGGUGACGUCAUGAUACUAACUUUACAAGAAUCACAGACCUUCCAAAUUCAGUCAACAUCUGAUCUGAGUGGAGUUAAGAUUUUGUCAAAAAAUAAAAAGCGAUUUUCUGUUUUGUCUGGUAGCGCUUUAACUAAUGUAAAACCCGGUGGGGGCCGCGAUCACAUAGCCGAUAUAGUACCUCCUAUAACUGCAUGGGAGAAAGAGUACAUACUCGUUCGCCGGAAUCUUGCGAAGUAUUCAUAUGAUCAGGUAAAAUUACUUGCUGGAGGUAGAGGUGCCAAUGUUUCAAUAAUAGGAUGUGAACAUGUGGUUGACCAACGUAUCCUGGGAUACCAGACCUACAAUUAUAACAUGACGUGUGAACGUGUUCACUUCAUAUCCGACGAAGCGGUUCUCAUUGCUCACUUUCCUCUUAGCGUUAGACACGGUGAUCCAGCGAUGUUUUUUCCUACCCCACUUCAUUAUCAUGUAAAUGAAUAUAGUGUUUACAUUCCACCUGGAUUCAAGAGCUGUGCCUUAGCACUUGUCAUGGAGACAAUGCAUAGCAAUUCAUUCAACUUAUCAAGAAUAUCAAGCUCCCACACUUUGUGGACAGAAAUAUCACAGUCUAAGUACUCGACCGCGUGGUUGAAUAACCUCAAUUCCGGUAUUGUGGAGAUAAGCCACACGUCAUCAUUCGGGGGGCACCUGAUAUGCGAAAUGGAACGGUCGAUGAUAGCGUUAACAAUCGGCAUCGGAAACUUACAUGAAACUCUAAGCGAACCACAGGAAUACUCAACAUCUACCAUUGCUGGGAGUUCUACAACACAUUUCCGCGACACUUUAUGGAUCCCAAGUUCAACGAAGGAUUUACAUAGUUCCUGGUCUAAUACGGAAACACCUGCGAUUAGUAACGUCACUGGUACAACUCUUUCAACACUCAUCACUCCAACAACAACCGCAUCACGUGACGUUACCGCGUUAUCAAAUACCACUGGUGAUGUCAAUAACAGUCAAAUAGAUACAGUAACAAAUAACUCAAUGUAUGAAUGUUCCUGUUGUAAAACUCACGUGGCUAAAGAUUCAUCUAACCCGCCUGAGGAACUGUUCGAGAUUAUGGACGAACUCAAGAGAAAUCUUACAAUUCCGAAGAAAAAAACAUCGAAAUACGUUCGUACGCUCAUCAGUGCCAGGGACAACAGGACAUCCUCAGUUGCGAUUGGUGCCCUUGGUAUUGUCGUUCUCUGUGCCGUGUUUGGAAGUAUAAUAUCACUAGACCUGAUAGCACUGUUCCAAAGGAGAAGAUAAGUACAGCAAGCAAUGAUGAAAUGUAAUAUUGUAUUAUGAUCUAAUUAUCAGAAAGAUCAAAUAUAGAAUAGAUGAUAUUCAAUGUAUUUAGUGUUAACAAGCAUACUUCAUGAGUUUGGGUGUAAGAUUUAUUACCUAGCACUAGUAGUUAAUCAAUUAUUGUACGCAUGCGUAUCGUUAGGUUCUACUAUUACAGCUCGUAAUACCAGGUGUGUUGUGCUUUGUUCGCUAGCGUCCUAGUUAAAAUUUAAUCAAUAAAUAGAAACAGUUGUAUAAAUUUUGUGUCACCAGCAACAUUUUCCAGGGCUGGUACUUAUCAUGUAUAUGGAAUUAUGAAAUUAAUUGUUGUUCCUGUUUAUAUCUUUACAUGUUGUAUCUUCAAUUUAUCUAUUGAUAUUGACAUCAUAGAUAGAUAACGUGUACAUUAUUUUUCCAAAUUACUUACAUCGUGUUACUUACAAAUGUAUCAAGUUUAUUAAGUGUAUCGUUAUGUGGUAGAAUCAACCGUAGGUAUAUGACUAUGAGUUACUACUGACUCUAUGUACUGGUCAAUUCGAAAUCCAAAUUGACCGAAGGGUUCAAAUAUUAUAUAAUAAUAAAUUUGACUAAAACUCUAGAUUUAGCAAAUGGCGCGAGCAGUGGUUAAGAGUUACAUUUGCAAAUUGUUUUCUGAUUAACGAAUGAUAUAAGAAGCGACGGUUUAACCACGACACGAUGAGAAUGCUAGUGUUAUUUUUUACCUACUCAUCUCGAUCCCCAUCACAUCGCUGUUUGUCGGGUACGAAGAAACGAAUAUCUCUGCCAUUAUACACUGCAUCGCUGUCAAAGCCGAACAAUGUAGAGUUUUGAAUUUUGUUUCGGUACUAUUACAGUACACAUCAUGAAAAUAAAUCUACCUGACGUAUGGA